AGGUGAAGCAAAGCAUCAGCCGGCGGCCACUUGGGCCAAGCAGGAGGCGGAGAUUUCAACUAUAGAGGAGUCGGCAAUUCAAGCAAAGCAGGUGCCGGCGGCAGCCUGGGUCAAGCAGGAGGCGGCGGCUUCAAUUAUUGAGGACUCUGCAGAUUACGCAAAGCAGGAGGCGGCGGCUUCAACUAUAGAGGAGUUGCCAGAUUGUUCAAAGCAGGAAGCGGCGGCAGCUUGGGUCAAGCAGGAGGAGACGGCGGCUUCAAAGAAACUGGGAUGACGUUCAUAGCUGGAUGACGAUCAAAUAAUCGUGCGAGUGAAUUUACAGAAUAAAAAGUUAAUAACAAUUUUUGAGCUGUAGUGGCUGCACUCGCAUGUCUCAGAUAAACGGCAGAGCACGCGGGGAAUGCGGUUAUCACGAGCUGCUCGAUUAGAAAAUAUCAGUAAUAGCUGCGUUACGGCCGUAUAAAUAUGAAACGCAUCGCGGCCAACGGCCACAAUUGGCCAUGGCAUUAGAAAAGGUCCGGUUGCUGCUACUACAUCUGCUCCUUCUCGGAUUGAGCCCAGGUCUGGGCGCCUUCAGCGGGCACGAGCUGCUCACCUGGCUGCAGCACAGCAAUCUUGGCUAUCAGGUGCUGCAGCUGGCAUCCAAUAGUAGCAGCAGCAGCCAGCCGUCGGAGCUGCUCUGCGCCGAACAGGUGACCCGGCUGCUUCAGGCGGCGGAUGCGCACGCGCUGCCCGCGCUGCAAGUGCUGGAUGCGUGGGGCAAGCUGCCGCAUGGCCUGCUCUAUGGUCACUUUAGUGAUCUGGGCAACUAUGAGUCCUGUCUGAGUCCCACUGUGCCCGUAAUCCCGACCAAAUACUGCCUGGCGCACAUCGAGUUUGAGGGCCUGUUGCCGCCGUCUCUGGACAGGAUCAAUAUAAAUAUUGGCGCCUGUCUGCCGGCCAGCUGCAGUGCAGCACAGCUGAAUCGCUGGCUAAACAACUAUCUGCAGUUGCUUUUCGAGGAUGCAGUUGCUCCGGAGGCACAGCUGGUCGGCGAAUCCAACUGCGCCCUGGCCGCCAGCCAGCCCAUGUCCACGCUCGACUGGUUUGCCGUAGCUCUGCUCAUCUUUCUGGCCGUGCUGGUGAUACUGUGCACGCUCUUGGACUACUUCAACGCUGCACAGCAAGUGCUGGGCGUCUUUUCGCUGCGCCAGAAUCUGCGGCAAUUGUUUCAAGUUUCCACAGGGACAACAACGACCACGCCGCACCUGAUACCCUGCCUGCAUGGCAUACGCUGUCUGACAAUCAUUUGGAUCAUCUACGGACAUGAUUAUAUGUUCAUGCUGUUGGCGCCCAGCGUGAACACGUACGAGGUGAUCGCCUGGGCCCAGACACCCUACUCGAUGCUGCUCCAGAGCGGCAGCAUCUCGGUGGACACCUUCUUUUUGCUCAGCGGCAUGCUGCUCGUGAUGUCCAGCCUGCGCGAACUGGAACGCCAGUCGGGACGCCUGAAUGUGCCGCUCAUGUAUCUGCAUCGGAUUGUGCGCCUAACGCCCGUUCUGGCCGUGGCCGUGCUCCUCUUCAUGACGCUCUAUCCCCGCCUCGACAGCGGCCCCCUCUGGCAGCAGUUCACCAGCUCCUAUCAACUGUGCUCCGACACCUGGUGGGCCACGCUGCUCUACGUCCAGAACUAUGCGGCAGCGGGUCGCAUGUGCCUGGGCCACUCCUGGUACCUGGCCGUGGACAUGCAGCUGUUCCUGCUGUCGCCGCUGCUGCUCUGGCCGCUCUGGCGCUGGCCACGCCGUGCCGUGGCCGGGAUUGUGUUGCUGCUGGUGCUGCUCUUUGGCUGUGUCUUCGCCAUCAUUGUGCUCCACGAGCUGAGCGUGUUCCGGCGUGAUGGGAAUCUUGGCGGCGACAGCGCCGAGAUGCGCAUGAUCUAUUAUACGACGCAUGCCCGUGCCACGCCCUGGUUGAUGGGCCUGCUCUUUGGCUAUUUGCUGCACGGCGAGCGGGGCAAGCGGCGACGCUGCCGCCUUGCCGGCUGGCUGAUGCAGUUGCUCUGGCUGCUGGCGCUGCUGCUGUUUGUCGCCGUCAUCUGGAGCGUCUAUCCGUAUACGCAGCCGGGCCGUGCGCCAAUGUCGCCGCUGGCGGGCGCCUUUUAUUUGUGCUGCAGUCGCAUUGCCUGGUCCCUGGCCCUGUGCUGGCUGAUCUGGGCGUGUCAGAGUGGGCGUGGCGGCGUUAUAAAUACGCUGCUCAGCUGGUCCGUCUGGCAGCCCAUCUCGAAGCUAUCCUAUUGCCUGUACAUCUGGCAUCUGCUCGUCGAGAUGCUCAACACGGGCCGGCUCAAGAGUAGCCAGCAUUUCUCUAACUAUGAUGCGAUGCUGCACUUCUGGUCGGACUUUGGCAUCACGCUUCUCAUCUCGCUGGCCAUGUACGUCUGCGUGGAGGCGCCGCUCGUGCGGCUCGAGCUUCAUUUGCUGCGCCGAUCGCGAUCGACUGCGUCGCCGGCUGUUCAUCCGGCCACGCCCACCGUUUCCAUGGCCGUUAUAAUGACGCCCACGAGCGUGUCGCAGCAAAAUCUAGUCGAAGCCUAAACGCAAGUAUUCCAAUUAAAUGCCAACAAGUACCUGCAUAUCAUUCUGAUAUUCUCUUAUUGAGUUUUUGUUUAUAUAUAAAAAUAUAUAUAAA